AUGACGUGCCGGCCUAACCAACUUUCUUUUCCAGGAGGCGGAGUGAUAUCAGAGAAAGGGAAACGAGGAAGCGGGAGCGACGAAGAAGAGGGGGACAUUAUCGUGGACUGGGAUGGCCCGGACGAUCCUCAUAACCCGCGAAAUUGGACCUUUAGACGAAAAUGGGCCGCGACGGUGAUCGUGUCCGCCUUCACGUUCAUCUCGCCCGUCUCGUCUUCCAUGAUCGCCCCAGCCGCGGGACAGGUAGCGGAGCAGUUCGGCAUCACUAGCUCCGUCGUGCUCGCCAUGUCGAUAAGCGUGUUCGUUCUUGCAUACGCUAUCGGCCCACUGUUCCUCGGCCCACUAUCCGAAAUAUACGGUCGAAGUCGUGUGCUACAGCUCGCCAAUAUAUGGUAUCUCGUCUGGAAUCUUGUCUGCGGCUGGUCGACAUCGACAGGCAUGCUCAUCGCCUUCCGGUUCCUCGCCGGCCUGGGCGGCAGCGCUCCGCUCUCGAUUGGUGGCGGCGUGCUCGGCGACUGCUGGGACACGUCGCAGCGCGGACAGGCGAUAGCCGUGUACUCGCUCGCACCGCUGCUCGGUCCCGUCGUCGGGCCCAUCGCCGGCGCGUGGAUCGCGGAGAAGAGCACGUGGAGAUGGGUCUUUUGGUCGACUUCGAUCAUGGACGGUGCGAUACAAUGCUUAGGCUUGAUCUAUUUACAAGAAACGUACGUCCCGGUCCUCCUCGAACGGAAAGCGGCGAAGAUCAGGAAAGAGAUGUACGGCCACAGCAGCCAGAAGAAGCUCGACGCUGAGGACGCCGAGAAAGUCGGCCCUAAACGGCGGCGAGUACGGACCAAGUUCGAGGGUGUCGAUCGCACGUGGAAAGUGAUCUUUCAGCGCGCGCUCACGCGUCCGUUCCUCCUCUUCGCGCGCGAACCGAUCAUCCAGCUUUUGGGCGUGUACAUGGCCUUCAUCUACGGCACGCUCUAUCUCUUCUUGACGACCAUCCCCGACAUCUUCCAAGGCAUAUACCACCAACGUGUCGGCAUCGCGGGCUUGCACUACAUCGCGCUCGGGGUCGGGCUCACCGGCGCGUCGCAGAUCAACGCGCGCUUGCUGGACCGGAUAUACCUCUACUUCACGAAUCGGAACGGGGGUAAAGGCCGACCGGAGUAUCGCUUGCCAUCGAUGGUGCCGGGAACGAUCUUGCAGCCCAUCGGGCUGUUUCUCACCGGAUGGGCCGUUCAGGAGAGGUGGCAUUGGAUCGUGGCGGAUGUUGGCAUCGCGUUCGUCGGCGCCGGGCAGAUCCUCAAUUUCCAGAGUAUACAGACGUACGUCAUCGACGCCUUCACGUUGCACGCUGCCAGCGCGCUCGCGGCCGUGUCGUGCCUCCGCUCGCUCGCCGGCUUCGGCUUCCCGCUCUUCGCGCCCGCGAUGUACAAGGCGCUAGGGUACGGCAAGGGCGACUCGAUCCUUGCCGCUGCCGCGAUCGUCAUCGGAUGCCCCGCGCCUUGGUUGUUCUGGAUAUAUGGCGAGAGGAUACGCAAGGCGAGCAAGUACGCUCGCGACGAUUGA